CCGGGAUUUAAGUAUUAUUGAAAGAUACAGGCCACCUCGCGCCGUGAACUUUCGUACUGCCUGGUCGAGGUGUUUGGAUGAAGAAAAAAGUCCCACUGAAGCUACCUCCGGUAUCUCGAGUAUGAAGCUGACGGAGACAAGCUCAGGAUUUGUGCAGGUUUCUUUCAUGCAGCAAGACUGAGAACGUAUUGUUGAGACGGUGACAUCAAUUGCAAUGCCAACAAUCGAAGAAGGUCAAAGCCUCAUAGCACCGCCACAGCUUCAGCAAUUCAUUGUUCUCAUCCUACGCAGACCUAUAAUAGUGUCGCCACGCGCCGAAAACAAAGCUCUCGGCUGCCGGCGCGCCGGUCAACAGGCUUUCCUCUCAUCGUUCGGAGAGUCCCUCACCCGAGUCACCGACCCAGCUCAAUAGGUCGCGACUUAGGAGCACUAUUGAAUCGAUGAGAAAUAGCGAACAAGACCAAAUGGUCUUUCAGCCAACCACGCCGAGAUCGUUCGCUUCCGCCAUGUCGACGAACGCGUCUACCCCUUCAAUUCCUUUCCAACACGCUUCCUUUAUGACUCCUCCGGCCAGCCCUCCUUCUGGGCGAACUGAUAUCACCUUCCCGAGUACCCCCCACAAGUCAGUGACGAGCAGCACAGUCGUCAACAAAGUCGUGGCGGACUUGAAACGGACGAUCAUGGAGGAGUUAACUGGCGCGUGGUUCGAGCACGCAGAAUUUCAUACUCUGCUUGGGGUCAAGGCAGAUGAAUACGACCGAGACCUGCAUGACAAGGCGCAGAACUGGCUCGGUAGCUACGAUGGGUACCGGGAUGGGCGCUGGGUCGCCAUCGCUGCUGUUUCCUCAACCUCCGCUGAGGACCAGCUAUACGAACCGACCAUCCAGGUGUUGAACGACAUCAUCGAAGGACUGGGACACGCCCAGUGCGAUUCGACGGAGGCGGGAACCCGUGCUAAGAAACGCGUGGUUCGCGACACGUCGAAGGACCGGAUGGUUCAUAAAGUCACGAACUCUGAUUUUUACGGUGACGGCGAGGCAGGCUAUAUCAAGACUGCUCCUGACCUCAGUGUGCUGACGGUGGGCCCCGCGGCGGCGAAGGAGGAGACCUUUCUGGGUAGAACGGCUUACAGUCAGGUCGGAACGCCCAUCGAGAUGAAGAAGGGUGUGCAGUUUACGGAGAAGGAGAAGGCGCAGGUCGCUGUCUACGCGAGGGAGGUCUUCGUGCAGCAAGCGAAUCGGUCGUUCGUCUAUGUCCCUCUUAUGACGCAGAAAACCCUGCGCCCUAUCCGCUUCGACCGCUCCGGUGUGCACUACUCGCCGCCCUUCAACUUUCACCGGCAGCCGCUGCUGUUCAUCAAGCUCGUGUCCCUCUUCACCUCACUCGACGAAUCACUCAUGGGCUACGACACGUCGAUCUACUGGAAGGACAACAAGCGCCUGAUGAAGAUGGUGGACGCCCAGGUCCGGGACGAUGCCUGUGGCGCGAACCAACGGUGGUACGGGCCCGCCGCGACAUUAGAGUUCGAGAUUCUCGAUGCGGACAGUGGCCUAGCAACACUCGAUCCCAAGCCUAUGUUCCAUCGCUACACUAUCCGCUCACGGGGGACGGUCUGCUGGCGAGUCCGCAAUCCGCUCACGGAGGAGGAGUUUUUGGUGAAGAAGUAUUGGGCUGCCAUGCAACGAGCGUCUGAAGCCGAAUAUCUGAAGGAUGCCACCGACAUCAAGGGCCUGGGCCAGUUAUAUGCUUACUCAGAGCCAACGAGGAGUACAUUCGAUGACCGCCUAGUUGGUGACGAGGAGAGAGCCGCCCUGGCUGCCCUAGACAUUCUAGACCGCGUCGCGAUCUCCCUUGUGUUGCAUAUGUACGGACCAUCGCUCAACAAGGCCAUGACGGCGCUGGUGCUCCUACGUGCUAUUCGGGACAUUGUGCACGGUCAUCGUGAUCUGCUGCUUAUGAAGAAAAUUCUGCACCGUGAUAUCAGUGGCAACAACUUGCUGCUUUCGUCCAUCAGCGAGCAUGGCGAAGGCGCCCUCAUCGAUCUUGACAUGGCCAAGAGGAUCGUCGACCUGCUGUUGAGCGCCAAGACCAGCGGGGAUGGCACCCGGGCCUUCCAAUCUAUUCGGGUGUUGUGUCAUCCGAACGUUGGUUAUCACGAUCACUUGGACGAUCUCGAAUCCAUGCUCUAUGUUUUGAUUUGGGUCCUCUGUGGGCAUGAUUCGCAAGGCCGUCAGCUGGUCCAGCUACCGCAGCGCUUGAACGAGAUGAUGAAUCCAUUUACUUCGCCCUUCGCACUGGGUGACGUGAAACGUGCGCUCAUCAGUAUUCCUUACGGGCAACUCAUCACUCGGUUCACGGACUCAGCGACGCAGGAGAUUCUCCUCGGGCUGACAACGAUGCUUUACGACGAUGUGUUCAGCAAACGAUUGCGGAUGGUCGAUCUCACCGUCUUCCAGAUGGAGCAGGGCAAGGUUCCGCGGACGAAGCUCUUACACGAAUUUGACCCAGCCGUUGUCAACAAGGAUUACGAUGCGUUCCUGGAGCCUCUGGAGGCUGCUAUCCGCGAGCUGGAGGAGCUUGAAUGCAGGCGUCCCUCAGCCUCAGUCGAAGUUGCGUUGCCUCCAGAUCCGGCACCGCCCACGCAGUCCGCGUUGUUGCCGACUACGUCGUCUCCCAAACGACGGCGCGGACCUUCGGACGGCUCCCGCAAGAGACCCAAGAUUGAUGAAGCCUCCUCUCGCGUCUCAUCGAGGUUAUCCCAUGACUCUGCGAAUGAAACCAUAGCGGACGCUGAGUCGGAGGACGGAUGUUAACCGUAGAUCAUAUAUGUAAGCAGUCGAUACAUAAAAACGACAAUUCUACACACCUGUCUUGAUUUCCGA